AAUGGCGCAGUUUGCGUUCUGCCUCACGUUAUUCGUUGCGUUAUCCAUUAUUCACAUACUCUUGGAAGCUACAAGUGAAGAAAUCCCAAGACUAGAAAUAUCAGAUGACGAUAACUUAAACAAUAUCAUUCAACUUUUUAUGUAUCCAAAGAUCCCCAAUGAACCUUGCGAUUCUGAGUUUAAAAUAUGUGGAAUAUACAUGUGUGUAGGUGAAGCAAAAGAGAACUUGGAAGAAGUUGAGAUUGGUUCACAGUCACCAAUUAUAGACACUACUGUGAAGCAAGUAUCUAAUGAAGAUAAGAAGUGCUUUUGUAGCAGUAAAGCAGAAGAGCUAUUCAUUAAACAAGAGGUAAUGAAAGUGGGGGAUCUGCAUUUUGUAGAUUACAGGAUACAAGAAGAUUUUGAAAAUGGCUACAACUAUAUAAUACAUGACUGGAACUUAACUGUAUUCACAGAAAUUCCAGAUGAGCAUUAUGAAAACCCCAGUGUAAUUCACUGUAUAAGCAAGAAUACAUGUAUGGUUGUAUGCCACGUGAGGAAGUCUAAACUAUUAAAGGACACAAAAUCAUAUAUCAUAAUUUUAGCUACACUGACAGUUCUUCUCUGUUUUAUUUCUGCGUGCGUUCUAAGAACACAUAAUUGAUAACAAUGAAGACAACAUUAGAACUGUCAGAGAAAGUAUACCAACAGGUGAAAAUACAACUGAAAUGCAUAAGAAAAUCCUUCAGAGAGCUUUGUUAUCAGAUGAUGUGUUUACUGAUGCAUACAGAGCUUGCCAUAAAACUUGAAGCAGCAUUGUGGGUUUCCCGGAAUGAAACCAGAUGACAACACAGCUGAAGAGACUACAGAGGAGAUGUAAAACUGAAUAACUCAGAACAAGAAAUACGGUCUGGGAUAAAGGAUGUGACAGAGAGGGAACUGUAAGAAAUAUCACCAUAGAA